GUUUGCUGUGUAAGAAAAUCUUGAGAACCCCUUGUCAGAGCAAAUGUCAUUCUGUGAUUUCAGGGUCUGAGCACCACGGGAAGCGGAAGUGAGGUUAACAAGGCAGGCCCCAAGACAUUCUGUGGCAGCCGUGGAGAGAGGGAAACAACACUCCAUGAACAUGAGCCUUAAAUCUCCAACAUCUGCUCUUCGGUUUGAGAGCAAAGGCAGACAUAUGAUGGAGAAAAAUGAAAGUUGUUUUCUGGUCAGACAUACCCCUCAUCCCAGAAGGGUCUGCCACAUCAAAGGUUUGAAUAACAUUCCGAUCUGUACUGUAAAAGACGAUGAAAACUCAUUUGGAACAUUGUGGGGUGUUGGCCAGUUCAACCACUUAGAGAAGGAUGAAAUACCAUAUCCACCCAGCACUGCAGCCCUGGAGAGCACAGUCAGAGAAGUCCCACAAGACCCAAUCAGGGUCAAAGGGGACCCCCCACGGCCCCAUUCUGAGCCCUGUAGAAAAAUCAAGGAGUGUUUCAAAACUUCCAGUGAGAAUCCCUUAGUAAUUCAAAAGGAAGAAAUUAAGGUAAAAAAUCCACCCUUACCUCCAAAGGCACACUCUACUGCUGGCUGUUGUUUUUCAGAGGUGAUGAAUACCAAGACUAGUGCCAAAGAGAACACCAUAUGCAUACCAAACUAUCUGGAUCAGGAAAUCAAAAUUCUGGCAAAGCUCUGUAACAUUUUACACACUGAUUCUCUGGCAGAAGUUCUACAGUGGCUGCUUCAUGCAAGUUCAAAAGAAAAAGAGUGGGUCUCAGCUUUGAUUCAUGCUGAGCUGGUGGAAAUAAACUUGUUGCCACACCUCCGAAGAAACAUCUCAGCAGAACCAGCAGCAGAGACUGGGAAGCCACCCAAAGUUAAAUCGCCCCCAAGUUCACCUGCAAAAUCAAAAGUGCUGACCAGAUCUGGGGAAGGACAUCAACUCACCAGAGUGUCAAGUCAAGGAUCUGAAGGAAAUAUGGAAGUACCAAAAGAGGCUGAGCACAAGCCUCCAUUGUUUAUAAGAAGAAAUAAGAUGACAAUACCUGUUACAGACUAUUUCAGCGAACCAAAGUCUCCUUCCAGGCCUAAAACUCAGGAGAGCAUAGCAGCAAAAUCAAUGUCAGCAAGGAGUAUCCAACAAGGAUAUAAUCUCUCUCCCCAAAGAGCAUUUUCUCCUUUAACAUACCAAAGGUAG